AUGGAGACAAAGAUUACGGCGCGCAAGGAUAAAGAGAGGGCUUUCGAGGCGGCGCUUACUGCGGUGAGCGGCCAUGGCGGAGCGGAACCGAAGGCAAAGAAGGGGCGGAUGGAGGAUUGGUAUGGCGAGGGGGGGAAGGCGGCGAAGCGUGCUGCCGACGAUGCGAUUUGCCUCUUCAUCACGGGGACGCGCUUGGGGGAGACUAUAUGCCAGCACCCCCUCUUCCUCAACAUGCUGCGCGCCGUGAACGCCGCCGGAACCAGCUAUGUCCCCCCCAAGCGUGGUUACGUUGGAGGCGCCGGGCUGCUGGCGUGCAAGCAGCAGAUUGAGAAGGCUGGAGCGGUUUUCCAGGAGGCGGUCGACUGCAAGGCGGAGACCAAAAGCGGAGCGUUUAUCAUGAGCGUCCUGCAGCCGGUCAUCGAGAAGGUUGGACCGGAGCACGUCGUCGCGAUUUGCACGGACGGCGGCAGCAACUACGUGUCCGCCACCAAGCUGCUGCAGAAGAAGUACCCGCACAUUGAGUUCGUCCCCUGCGCCACUCAUGUGCUCGACUUGCUGUUGGAGGACUUCGACAGCAUGGCUUGGGCGCAGGAGGUCGUGCCUGUGGCGACCGACAUGAUUUCGUUCAUUCGCAGCCACACGUGGACGCGUGCCUUCCUGCGCUGUCCCGAGCUGCACGGGGAGGAGAAGUCGCUUCAGCCGCUGCGACCAGCGGGCACGCGCUUUGGGACGCAGUACAUAGCGGUGUCUCGUCUGCGUGAGAUUCGCCCUCAGCUGACGGCGAUGGUGACGCACAAGGAUUGGGAGGAGAAGGGGAGGAAGCAGCUGACUGGGAAAGACUUUGAGGCGUCGGUGUUGGAUGUGGAGUGGUGGGCAAAGGUGGAUACCUUCGUGAAUGUAAUGGCGCUGCCGUACAAGGUGAUGAGGAAGACGGAUGGGCCGGCGAAGGGGAUGAUGGGGGCGAUGUACGACAUGAUGCUGCAACUGACGGAGGACUUGUCGGCGCUGUUGGAGAGUGCGGAUUGUCCGCUCAGCGAUGCGGAUAAGGAGGGGUUGCUGGAGCACUUGAGGCGGCGUUGUGACGAGAGUUUGGCCUGUCCUCUUCACGUGGUAGGCCGGAUUCUGAACCCGGUCAACCAGGAGGAGGGGAUCUAUCUCAAGGACAUUGAGUGCACCAGGGUGAUGAAGGUCUGGCUGUCGCGCUCGAGGGCCUUCGUCGACAAGUACUGGAAGAAGGAUGGCGAGAGGACUGGAACGAUGAUGGCGCUGCAGGAGGGGAUGCUGGCGUACAUUGAGGGCAGGGGGUGCUUUGGGACGGAGGAGGCGAUAGAGGGGCGUGCGCAGCUGAAGGCAGGGAAGGGGGACAUGGCGACGUGGUGGAAGAUGAACGGCUGGGAGUAUGCCGAUCUGACAGGCCUUGCAAUCCGUGCGGUGUCACAGGCCGUUUCCGCUUCUCCGUGCGAGCGGGGAUGGGCUACGUGGGAUGGGGUGCACACGGCGCGCAGGAACAGGUUGGGGUCGAAGAAGGUGCGCGACCUGGUGUUCGUGGCGCACAACUGGAAGGCUGUGCUCGGCCACCACGAGGGUGCAGUUGUUGCAGGGCCAAGUGGGGAAGUGAGGAAGGCGGGGGUAGUGGAGGGGAACAUUCCCACCCCUCCCCUCCCCGAGGGGUACAGGUUGGAGGAGGAUGGGGAGAGGGAGGUGGACGAGGACGACAUGAUGGUCGAUGAGUACAAGGACCAGGAUGAGAAGAAGGAUAGCGAGGAGGACGGGGAUGAGUGA